AUGCCUCCUUCAGUCAAUGGGUCUCAAGUUCGCCGCCAAGAAUCUAUCGUUAAUGCGGACCGUCGAAUACUACCAGGGCCUCAAUUAUUGCACGAAUUGGUGGCCGACACAUCUGAGGAGGCUAUCAUCUUCGACUUCUUACAGGCUGACGACCGCCAUGUCAGGCUCACAUAUCAAGAUUUCCAUCGGAUUACAGACCUUCUGUCUCGGGACAUCCGAGCGCAAUUACCGAUUCAAGCCGACCGGAGGCUCAUAAUUCCCGUCAUCGUACCGCAAUGUCCGGAGCUCUAUGUCGCAUGGGUGGCCGUGCUCAAAUCUGGCGCCGCCUUUUGCCCAGUUAGCCACGAUGUGCCAGCAGAAAGACUGAAGUUCAUCCUGCGAGAUGUCGAAGCGACCUUCGUCUUGGCAACCGCUGCCACAUCAGACCUCUUCCGAGACGCACUUUCACAAGUCCAGUGCAAAGUCGUGUCUCUCACUACGCUCCUGGACAGACUGAAAUCAACCCGAAAUGGUGAAUUCAGUUGCCAAACUGGGCCGGCUGUAGAUCCUUCGAGUCCUGCAUAUGUGAUGUAUACAUCAGGCUCUACAGGACUGCCCAAGGGGGUCAUGGUAUCGCACCUUUCCGUGUCCCAAUCACUACUAGCGCACGAUGAGCAUAUCCCCCCCUUCAGGCGCUUCUUGCAAUUUGCUUCACCCACGUUCGAUGUAUCCAUAUUUGAGAUAUUCUUUCCAUUUUUCCGAGGCGCCACACUGGUUGGCUGCGACCGAGAGCGCAUGCUUGCUGAUCUCCCAGCUACGAUUCAGGCGCUAAAUGCAGACGCCGCAGAGCUCACACCCACCGUGGCGGGAACACUGCUCAGGACGAGAAAGGCAGCCCCUUGCCUGAAGACGCUCUUGACAAUCGGGGAAAUGCUUACAGCCCAGGUGGUCUCGGAAUUUGGCGGGAAUUCAGGUAAACCUAGCAUGUUGUAUGCUAUGUACGGUCCCACCGAAGCGGCGAUUCACUGUACGUUGGCAACGAAGCUAGCUGCGGACGCAUCCGUUCGCAGCAUAGGGCAACCAUUGGCCACAGUCACUGCGUUUGUCCUCAAAUCGGGCGAUCCGCCCACGAUAGCGCCUGUCGGGGAAUCAGGCGAGCUUGCUAUAGCCGGUCAACUCGCCGAUGGAUACUUGAAUCGGCCGGAGCAGAACCAGGCCGCAUUCGUGGACCUUCCUGGCUACGGCGCAAUCUACAAAACCGGUGAUCGAGCGAUAUGUCGUCCCAACGGCGAGCUAGAAAUCCUGGGCCGAAUUAGUUCUGGGCAGGUGAAACUAAGAGGCCAGCGGGUUGAACUGGGAGAAAUCGAAGAGAUCGCGUCCAAGACCAAAGGGGUGCACAUGGCCAUUGCCAGCAUCAUCGACGAUGUUCUGGUGCUUUUCUGUGUGGCAAGGCCUGACGUUGGAACGGCCGCCAUCCACGCUCAGUGCAAAUCGUGGUUGCCGCCGUACAUGCGCCCAGGCGAAAUCGUCUUCCUCCACCACGACGUUCCACGACUAGCUUCGGGCAAGAUUGAUCGCAAGUCGCUCGAGCGUAAUUAUCGCGAACAACGAUCAUCAGCAACACACGAGGGUACAUUCAAGAAUCAGAUUGAGGAGGACAUUGCAAAGGUUUUGAGCAGCGAGUUGAGAACAACGAUCGACAGAAGUACAUCCUUCUGGUCCUUGGGACUAGAUUCCCUGCGUGCCAUAAAGGCGGCAUCUCAGCUACGCCAAAAAUACAGCUCCGUCAGUUCUGCAAUUAUUUCUGAGGCGGACAAUGUAGCCGAGCUGGCAUUCAUUGUGGGGAAGUCAACCACCUCUGAUAACCGUGAGCACAUAAAAACCGGAUAUGAGGCCUCUGAGGAGUGGCAAGACAUCAAGCAACAGCUGCUUGGUGGUCCUGACCUUGCAGGCCAGGAACCAUCCUGGGAGGAGAUCCAGCCUUGCAGUAGCAUGCAGGUGGCAAUGCUGGUUGAAACUGCCACGAAACAAGAGCAGAAUUUCAAUGAUAUCUGGCUUCAGCUUGCUCCAGGAGUGAGAUUUGCUGACCUCCGUCUGGCGUUCAACAAGCUUGCGGAGAAGAACAAGAUUCUGCGGUCUGGUUUCGUGCCAACGGGAAGACAGGAGAUGCCCUUCGGACAAAUCAUUUGGCGAUCUCUAUUAGACUCGGAGCUCACUCUUCUGCGACCCCUUCAACUGAGUCAGGACACGGAUGACGUUGCUCACGUCCGCAUUCACCACGCGCUGUAUGAUGGCUGGUCUUGGGACUUGAUCUUGGACGACCUGAAUACAAUAUUGUCAGGUCACGAUGCACCAGGAAGAACGCCGUACUCCGUUUUCUGCUCCUUCGAACAGCGUCAGCUUCAGUCUGAAACAUCAGCCACCCGCGAAUUUUGGGAGAAUCAGUUUGUAGACUUCAAGCCUUCGGCAUUCCCAAACCUCUCAGCAACUCGUACAGCGCAACGUCACAGAGGUUGCACGGAGUUGUCAUUGACGGUCUCCUACCAGCAGCUGUCUGACAUUGCUCUGUCGUUGCGUUGCGGUCGAGAGACCCUCCUAGAAGCAGCGUGGUCUCUCCUGCUUUCAUCAUACCUCAACGAGGCUGACCUCGCGAUCGGCGUUGUGUCGGCAGGCCGGCAUCAUUCUCUCCCAGGAAUUGAGUCCAUCAUUGGCCCCUGCUUAUCGACGUUUCCUCUACGUAUUGAUACCGAUGCUUUGAGAACGGCUCAUGACCUUGUCAAUCAUAUCCAAAGGCUGCGCAACCUACAACAGAAACAUGGGAACAUAACCCUUCGAGAUAUUAAUCGCACAGCAGGCAUCGGUGCUGGAGAUAGACUCUUCGACACCCUUUGUGUAUGGCAACAAGACAGCGCAGACAAUGACAGGGAUCGCUCCAAAGUAACAACCAUCUCGACGCAUGAUGCCUUGGACUAUUCCCUUGUGCUGGAAUUUGAACCUCGUCAGGGAAAAAUCCAUGUGAAGUUGAGCUACGACACGGAGCGUGUUCCGGAAGAUCAGGGACAGCUUUUGGCGAGGCAGCUCGAUGAUGCCGUCACGCGCAUUAUAAACGAACCAGAAAUGCGCUUAGGUCAUGUUUGGGAUGACAUGAGCCAAAAUAUUGCGUCGAUGGUCAACACCAAUUUCGAGCAGUUUAGUGGGUCUUUCGACCUCACAAGCACAGUUGGAAGUCUUGCGGAGUCAUGUCCUUCGAGAGUGGCAGUCGAAGUCGUGCACGACAUUGACGUAUAUACAGGUCGAGCCGAUAAGGAAAUCCUCACCUACAGCGACCUAUUCAAGCGAGCCUCACUUAUCGCCUCGUCAUUGCAGAGGAAAUACUCUAUAGGUGUUGAUGACCUUGUAUGCUUGAUUGGCCCAAGAUCAACCGAGCUCUACAUCGGCAUACUUGGUAUCAUUAUGGCUGGAGGAGCUUACAUGUGCAUCGACCCUCGCACGCCGACUGAGAGAACUCGCUCGAUCCUGGCUGAAGCGAAAUGCAAGCUUGUCCUAACCGCCGGCAAAGCCAAAGCGCCGCCUCAAUCUCCGGUGGUAACAAUCGUGUCGAUGAUCGACCUACUGGCCCAAAACUCAGUAUUGGAAGUAUUCAGGUGGCCUGCAUUGACAGGAGGGGAGCUAGCCUACGCUGUGUUCACAAGUGGUAGCACUGGUGUCCCGAAAGGUGUCCUCCUCACUCGGCGAAACCUGCUCAGCAACCUUGAAGUGCUCUCACGUAUCUAUCCCUGCAAGUCAGGAACAGAUCGUCUGUUACAGUCCUGCUCGCCAGCAUUUGAUGUGUCGGUCUUCGAAAUUUUUUGGACAUGGCACAUGGGCAUGACACUGUGUACGGCCUCGAACGAUGUACUGUUUCGAGAUCUCGAAUAUUUCAUCAAAAAGCUGAAAAUUACCCACCUCAGCAUGACACCCUCGGUUGCUGCCUUGGUUAGUCCUGACAAGGUCCCGCACGUGAAAAUGCUGGUUACGGCAGGAGAACCUAUGAACUCGAAGGUCUUCUCAGCUUGGGCCGAUCGUGGUUUAUACCAGGGCUACGGUCCCUCUGAGACAACAAACAUUUGCAACGUCAGACCUCGUGUCUCAGUCGCAGACGCAUCAAACAAUGUCGGUCCUCCGCUGCCAAAUACAUCAGUCUUCGUCUGCCAAAGGCAAGCACUGGACUCACGACAUACCGUCAACGGCACCAGUGGUCAGGCAGCUCUAGACUUCAGACUGGUUCCCACGGGUGGAGUAGGAGAAAUAUGGAUCGGCGGAGAGCAGGUCGGGCGCGGGUAUAUCGAUCCUGCACUUACCGCAAAGGCUUUCUUCGACCACCCGAGGUAUGGUCGGCUCUACCGCUCUGGAGAUAUUGGAAGGCUUCUCGCCGACGGGUCCUUGGCCAUCUUGGGUCGUGAGGAUGACCAAGUCAAGCUUCGUGGCCAGAGAAUCGAGCUGGGAGAGAUCAACUCUGCUAUCCUCCAAUGCCAGGGUGUCCAAGAUGCGGUGUCUAUGAUCAUUAGCGCAGAUGGUGAAGCAGGUGCCAAGCUUGUUUCCUUCUUGACUCCACGUCAGUCUAGAGAAUCAGUCACACGCGCCGAGGCCAUCGAUGCCAUUUACGACCAGUUGUCAAACACAUUGCCGAGCUACAUGAUACCUGACGCACUUAUAGAUCUCGUCUCCAUACCACUGACCCGUCAGGGCAAGGUCGACCGGAGAAAUCUCAUCGACAAGUACCACGGCCUUGAUGGGGAGCAGCUCCAAGCAGUUUCGCGAGGGAGUACUGCUUCAGAGGAUGCUCGUGACUUCUCCGAAGACGAAAGAACCAUCGCUGAGGCAAUUUGCGAUAGCCUCGGUGUGCAACUACAGACAAUCACUCGCAAUAGCUCAUUCUAUGCCCUGGGACUGGACUCGAUCAGUGCUAUCCAUGUUGCAAGAAAACUGAGAGACUAUUUUCCAUCUAUUGAGAUCUCCACCUUGUUAAGAAACCCAUCGGUUGAGCGACUGCACAGAGUCCUGCGCUCAGACACGGGGAUGGGCGCAGCGCCAUGUCCUCAGCGCGAUCUGACUCGACACUUCGCUGGUCCCUCAGGGGAUCGGAUUCGCAGCACCUACUCCCGUGCGGGACUGGAAGUCGAGAAAAUCCUUCCAUGCACCCCUCUACAGGAAUCGAUGGCCACGACUGCCAUGAAUGGCUCUUCGCAAGCUUAUCAGAACACCCUCCACGUUAAAGUCCACGGGGACAUUACGGAGCUGCGUGAAGCGUGGGAGCACACACUGGCUAGACAUCAAAUCCUUCGAACUGGAUUCGCGGCAACAGACUCAGCCGCUCAGCCCUUUGUGCAGGUGGUUCUGAAGAACUUUCAGCUUCCUUGGAAUGAGGAAACUUAUCAAGAUGCGCGGAUCCACGAACUGGAAAGCCUCAUGGUUCCGCCAUGGAACAUUACGGUGACCAAAGGCGGUGACAAUGGCUCCCGGUUGACUCUACAGAUGCACCAUUGUCUCUACGACGCAGAGGCGAUGUCGAUUCUUCUAUCUGAGAUUGAAACUUACUAUCAUGGCUAUCAGCUUCCAAAGCCGGUGCCUUUCGACCGCUAUCUGUCUUUCAUGGAAAUAACCGAUAUGGACGACACAUAUGACUUCUGGCGCAGCAAGUUGGACGGAGCUUCCUUGUUCAAGUUAUCAGAGGCCAUCCUGCCUCAGAACAGGAUUCAGCCAGGCAGCGCUUCACGGGCGGAGUCUCGAAGCAUAAUCGGCUUGUCCGAGUUUUAUCAUUCUGUUCGAAAGCUUUCUUCGACACCUCUCGCGCUGAUGCAGGCCGCAUGGAGCCGUUUGCUUAGCUGCAUCUUCCAGACUCAAGAUGUCUGUUUUGGAAACGUCUUUAGCGGCCGCAACCUUGCUAUUGAAGGCGUUGAUCGCAUAGUUGCACCGUGCUUCAAUACGUUACCAGUGAGGGCCCGUCUGCGGCGCGACAGUUCCAACCAAGAGCUAUGUCACAGUUUCCAGCAGAUGAAUGUCGAAGUGUUGCCCUAUCAGCCUAGCUCGCUCCGUCGCAUCCAGCGAGAAGUCGACACCAUGGGGAAACCACUGUUCGAUACGUUGAUUUUACUCCAGCAGGACCAGCUCCGCCUCGACCAUAACAUCUGGACGAUGGUUGAUGAAUCUGGGGAUAUGUCGUUUCCUUUCAUUUUUGAGGUAGUGACGGACACCGACGCCGACAGCAUCUCCCUGAUAUUACACUCGGAAGUAGCCAACGAGAACACUUUGAGGCAGUUCCUCCAUGCCUUUGACAGCCUUCUCGUGCAUACCACCAAGUACCCGCAAGCAAGAGCACUGGACUAUGCUUUUGCUACUCAUGCGUUGCCAGACCUGCGUCCUAAAACCCCGUUCAUCGUCGGUCGUAUACCAGCAGCUACCGCAGGAGCGAACGGGUCGGUCCAUAAUGGAGAAAAGCUGACAGAGGCGGAGACACUGGUCAAGGAUAUCCUCUUGCAGUUGAAACCUGGUGUUUCUAGGAACAUCUCCAAAGACACCACCAUAUUUCAUCUGGGUUUCGACAGCAUCAACGCUGUGCAAAUCGCGGCCAGGCUGCGCAAACAAGGGUUCAGUAUAUCUUCUGGUGAUAUUCUAGAGGGCGCCAGUGUCUGCAAUAUCGCCAGUCUUUGUAACUCAAGGAAGGAAGAGCCGGAGCCGGGUCCGUCAUUCGACCUCGACGCGUAUGACAGGCAACAUCGUCAGUCAAUCUGUCAAACCAACGGCAUUGAGCGACCGAUAGUGCAGCAUGUGUGGCCGUGCACGCCGACUCAAACAGGCAUACUAUCACAAUAUCUUCGGUCCAAUCGCAAGCUGUACUUCAACCAUAUGCACUUCCAGCUGCAAUCAGAUGUCGACCUGUCGAAGUUAAAGCGUGCUUGGGCCGUGGCAAUGAAGACGCACAAAAUGCUCAGGACUGGCUUUGCCGAAGUGGAUGACCCGAAAGUCCCGUUUGCCAUGGUUAUAUACAAAACAGGUGCCAAGCAGCUGCCAUGGUUCGACGACACCACCGAGCCCCCGAGAGACCUGGAAGACCUUCGGUACCUGCAAUGGAGCGUUCGAGUGUCCACAACGGGGCAGUCUCCGGUCCUUGAGCUCGCAAUGCUGCAUGCACUCUACGAUGCUCGCUCCCUGGAUAUAAUUCUGAACGAUGUGGCCUGUAUUUACAAUGGCAUGCAGCCACAGAAAAUCGACAUUGCACACACCGUCUCGAAGAUCCUCGCUACUAGCGCAAAUGAAAGCUCAAAAUCAUUCUGGUCUGAGAUGUCAACAGAUAUGAGUCCAACUCGAUUUCCAGACAUGCGAAUCUACAACAACCAGGCCGCGAAUCAUAUUGUAGCAAAACAACAAUGCAGCCUGUCGUCUCAAACCCUGGAGGGAGCAUGUGCUGAGGCAGGAGCCACGAUGCAGGCCUUGGUGGCCGCGGCCUGGGCUUCUUUACUCGCCGCAUAUACAGCGCAGAGCGCCGUCACUUUCGGAGUGAUACUGUCCGGAAGAGACUUCGACGAGGACGUGGACAAGGUCGCCAUUCCCUGUAUCAAUACUGUUCCGCUGGCAAUUCCAAUUCAUCGUGAACGGGCCAGGCUCUUGCAAGAUGCUACCAAGCGAUGUGCCGGCAUUCUGAAACAUCAGCAUAGUCCACUCAACGCUAUCAAGCGCUGGGCAGGCAUUGAUGGGGAACCCUUCGACUCUGUCAUCGCCCUGCAACGAUAUGGCUCCGCACAAGAUGUUCAAAGGCCAUGGGCUCUGGUCGAAGAUAAUGCGAGUGCCGAGUACGCAGUCUCGCUGGAAAUACUACCACACGAGGACGGUACUGUUGACCUCCAACUUACGUGCCGUGAGGAUGUCGUGCCUAGGGAGCAAGCUUCUCACAUCCUCCGAGAGUAUGACGUGCUUCUCAAGAGCAUAAUCGCCCCAGCUGCCGAGUCCUCGAAGCUUCCGGGGUCAGUUUUGUCUGUCGUGCCAGCCAAAGACGACCGUAUCCCUACCGAGGUCCACUUCCUACACGAGUUUGUCGAGCUGACUGCAAAAGGACGACCGGACAACAUUGCUCUUGAGUUUGUAACAAGCUUAGAGGGCGCCCCCGCAACCAAGCAGACCUGGACUUAUUCUCAGCUCGACUCAGGUGGCAACCAAAUGGCGCGCUUGGUCCAGAACAACGGAGCUCGGGCCGGAGAUCUAGUGGCUGUCUGCUUUGACAAGUGCCCCGAAGCUUCAUUCGCCAUACUCGGCAUCCUCAAAGCAGGGUGUGGCUACAUCGCCAUUGACCCAGGUGCACCAGCUGCCAGGAAGGAGUUUAUCCUCAAAGAUUCUGGGUGCAAUCUUGUGCUUACCACAACAGACAAGGUGUCGGACUUUGAGAAUUUCCAGGGGGUAACCGUCUUAGCUGUUGACAACGAUUCCUGGCAAGUUUUGCCAAUCAGCAAGCCUACACCUAGCAGAGAGCCAUCCCCUGGAGACACGUGCUACUGCCUUUACACAUCCGGAACCACCGGCACGCCAAAAGGCUGCCUCAUCAGUCAUGACAGUGCUGUACAGGCCAUGCUGUCAUUCCAGCGAAUCUUCCGGGGCCGAUGGAAUGACACUUCCAGAUGGCUGCAAUUCGCAUCCUUCCACUUUGAUGUCAGUGUGCUCGAGCAAUACUGGAGCUGGAGUGUGGGUAUCUGUGUCACAUCUGCUCCACGAGACCUCUUGUUCGAAGAUCUGCCAGCAACCAUCAGCGCUCUUCAGAUAACGCAUCUGGAUCUUACUCCAAGCCUGGCGCGGCUACUGACUCCCAAGGAUGUGCCAAGCCUGUGUGAUGGCGUCUUCAUUGUCGGUGGGGAGCAAGUCAGACAAGAUAUCCUUGAGACUUGGGGUGAUGCUGGCUGCUUGUACAACUUCUAUGGUCCAAGCGAAGUGACCAUCGGCUGCACAGUCCAUCGACAGGUACCCAAGCACGCGAAGCCCACCAAUAUUGGCCAACAAUGGGACAAUGUUGGCUCCUUCGUGUUAGAACCGGGCUUCGAACAGCCAGUGCUCCGCGGCGCGGUUGGUGAAUUGUGCUUGUCAGGUCCGCUGGUGGGAAAGGGAUAUCUCAACCGACCAGAGCUAACUGCGGAGAAAUUCGUGACAAUGCCCAACUACAACACUCGAAUCUAUCGGACGGGCGACCUUGUCCGUCUCUUGCACGAUGACAGCUUUGAAUUCCUUGGCCGGAUCGACGAUCAAGUCAAAUUGCGAGGUCAGCGAUUGGAGAUCGGAGAGAUCAAUCAUAUUGCGUUGGCUUCGGACUCCAGAAUUAAAGACGUUUUCACCAUGGUCUUGAAACACCCGAGCCAACAGAAGGACCACCUUGUAGCCUUCUUCUCGACAGCACAACGGAAAGUCAAGAAUGAGAGCCCGAACAUCGUGACUGACCACUUGAGUCAAGAGUUGGCUGGAAAGAUUCGGGAGAAUUGUUCCAAUAGUCUACCGGCGUACAUGGUCCCGACCUAUAUCCAAGCAGUGUCUUCCUUCCCUCUGUCGGUCAACAACAAGGUCGAUCACAAAUCCUUGAAAGUAUUGUACGAAACUAACUCGACCGAGUCAGAGGAAGCAGCAUCCGAGCAGGCAGAGGCAUUCACAAACGGCAAUCUGGGAGUCGGUCGACAUGUGGCCGAACUACUGGCAUCCUUUCUACAGAUUCCCGCGUCAAGCAUCAAGCCGAGUUCGAGGUUGUUCGAACUCGGUGUGGACUCGAUUUCUGCCAUCGGCCUUGCCAGGUUCUUCAACCGGCAAGGCUUCAAGAACGCCAAUGUGGCUACGGUGCUCAAACAUCCUGUGGUGCAGGACCUCGCACAUGUGAUUGCCCAAGAAUCAACCUCUGAUGGCCACCAGGCUAUAGAGGCUGCGCGGAAGCUGAUUCGAGAAUUUGCUGAAACUCAUCGCACAUCAGUUUGUCGAGCCAUGAAACUCCAACCAGCCGACCUCGAGCACAUCGCACCUUGCACGCCACUGCAGGAAGGCAUGAUCUCGCGGGUCGUGCAGGGUGGACCCGACGAUACAGUGUAUUUCUCCGAAUUCCUCUUCGAGCUGGGACCAGAGAUCGACUUGGCACGAUUAAAAGAGGCAUGGCAGGCUACGCAGCAGUCUGUUUCAGUGCUGAGAACUUUGUUCCUUUCCACAACGGGUGGAUAUGCUCAGGUUGUGCUCCGCAACUGCAAGAACGACAUCAAGAUCUUGAGUCGGCAGAAAACGAGCGAACAGACACGAGGGUCAUCAUUCAGAGACUGGGUCAAAUCUGUCAGGUCUCUGUCAAUGUCGUUGCCCUGGAGCGUCGAGUUGACAACCUCCGGGAGUAGCAAGAGCAUGUACCUCUACAUCUUUCACGGCCUCUACGACGGAUACAGUCUACCGAAGCUACUUAACCAAGUCAAACGGCACUAUAGCCGUCCUGGAGAUGAUCCCUCGUCCACCAUUCAAUUCUACCAGGCACUACCCUAUGGCCCGCUGUGUCGUUUGUCCGACGAGAGGAUUUUCUGGCGGUCACGGUUGCCCUCUUUCAAAUCGCAUCGGCUUCCCUGGACAGGCUUGAAGAACGAGGAGUUGCACGGUCCUAUUGUUUUGAGGAACAAGCUCAUCCUUGACGACUUACAAGCUCGGUGCAAUUCGUUGGACAUCACGACCUCCGCGUACUUCCAAGCAUUGCUCCUAUACACCCUACGGAUGCAGCUCAGUGCGAAUCCUUCCAUAGGCAUUGUGGUUUCAGGCCGAGCAAUGCCGGAUGAAGGGUUGGAAGAUGUGAUUGGCCCCAUGUUCAAUACGAUACCCUGUGCAAUUAACGGUCUCAAGAAGGGAGCGAGAGUUGCGGACCUUGUCCAAGCUUGUCACAAAUUCAAUAUAGAUGUAAUACCCUAUCAGCACACGCCGCUGCGAAAGAUUGCACGCUAUCUCGAUCAGGACAUGAACAAGGGGCUCUUUGACACGCUAUUCGUCUUUCAAAAGUCGUUGAGGGACUCCGCAGGCCGCGACUUAUGGGAAGAGAUCCCUACCGAAAGCUCGCCGGAUUAUCCCCUGAACAUUGAGGUCGAGCAGGAAGGGUCCUCCUUUACAGUCACCCUUGCUGCGAAGCCGGCACUUGUCCCAGAAUAUGACGCCAGGCAGCUCUUUACGACCUACUCAAGCUUCGUUAAUGAUCCGGCUAUACUAGAGUCGACUCUAUCACCUGAAUUCUGUGAAGACCCAGUCGAAUCGGUGCCAACCGCAAAUGGCAUUCAUAAUGGUGACCAGACGGAGUCCGACAAUGUGCUGAGACAACACAGCGACACUUCUCUGAACGAAAUCGAGAUGGCUGUUCGUUCCCAGCUUGCAGGGCUUGCUUCUGUCCAAGAAGAAAAUGUCCAUCGAGACGGGCCAACAAUAUUUGAACUCGGUCUCGACAGCAUCGAAGCAAUGAAACUCGCGGCUCGGCUCAAGAAGGUCGGCUUGAGGGUCCCUGUGAGCGCCAUCAUGAAGACACCUACCGUUGCAGGCAUUGCACAUGCGGCAACCUCGACUGCUGAUGGUGAGGGCCCAAUACGCAACGUGAGAGAGGUCCCGGAUUCCAUUGCAAAGCUGCAGUCGAGCUACCGGACUGCUCUGCAAGCCCAGGGAGUUGACCUGGACGAGGUCGAGUACGUCCUUCCUGUUACGCCGAUGCAGGAAGGCUUACUUCUGGAGUCUGAAAAGUACUUGAAUGUGAUGACUUUCAAAUUGGAGCCUGAUGUCGACCUGAAGCGACUUGUUGCAGCUUGGCAGACUGUUUCGCAGACACAGCCAAUACUGAGGACUCGCUUUGCCACGCUGGAAUCGGCUGGUCAGGGAUCCGCUUUUGUGCAGUACGUGGUCAAAGAGCCCCUUAAGGUGCAAGUAUUUCACAACGCCAAGUUGCACCAGGUUGUCGACAGGUUCAGAGGCGACCCGUCAGACCAAGACUUGUCAUCUCGCGGAAUCCAGAUCGCUGUAGUUGAUGAGGCGAAUGCAGCCUUCCUGGUGCUAGCUAUGCCACAUGCACUGUACGAUGCUUGGUCUCUGUAUCUCCUGCAUCAGCAAGUCACCGAAGCAUACCAGGCACCGACUCCACCUACCCCCGAGACCAAGGACCAUGCCAUUGUCCCACUGCAAAGUCACCUCCAACAAGUUUCUGAUCAAUCGAGCAGUAGGGAUGUACAUAUGUUCUGGGAGGAACAGCUCGGGGGCAUUCAACCCAGCACAUUCACCCCAGAGAUCGCGCCAGACAGACCUGCCUUUCUGUUUCACAAGCAUUCCAGCACACAUCUGGAGAAGGUACUCAAUUCCUGCAAGCGCCAGGGCGUGACGCUCCAGUCCUUGGGACUUGCCUGCUGGACCAUCGCACUUGCUCACAGGACUUGCCAACUGGACGUGUGUUUCGGCCUCGUUCUGUCCGGUCGCACUACCGAAGGCUCGGAGCAACUUGUCUUUCCCACCUUCAACACUGUCAUAUUCAGGCCCCAGAUCACGAAGGACAGCACGAACGCCGAAGCUGUCAAGCAAGUGCACGAUGCCGCAGUCAGAGUCUCGGAACAUCAGCAUUUCUCUCUUCGAGAAGCUCUCCGAAUGUUUCGGGUCUCGGGAACUGAGACACAGCUUUUCAACACAUUGUUCACAUUUCAGAAGCUUCCGAGCUCUGGAGACGAUCUCGCGGCUCUUUACAAUGAGUUCACCUCUGAAGCAACACCGGUUAGACCGCCUUAUCCCGUCAACAUCGAGUUGGAGAGCGGAACGGAGGGCCUGAUCUGGACAGUUGCGUGUCAAGAAGGAGUUGCUACUGAAGAAUCCGGUCGCGAAUUGCUAGAAACGCUGGACAAUAUCUUGUCCGGUCUAAUGGCACAGCCUGACCAACCUUUGGUCCGGGAACAGGACAACAUGGCGUCAUUUUGUAGCUUGCCACGGAUACAACUCGCCAACAGGGAGUUACCAAAGCGAAGACACGAGUCGACCGUUGUCCGAAAUGGAGACGGCUCUCAAACAACACGGCCUUGGACUGCAACGGAAACCAUCCUCAGAGAAGUCCUGGCUAAGAUCGCCAAUGUCGACCAAAACCAGAUCAAACAGGAUACCGGCAUCUUCCAUCUCGGUCUGGACAGUGUCAGUGCUAUCAAAGUCGCCAGUGUAUUGAGGAAAGAAGGUAUCAAGAUACCGGUCAGCGGAAUCAUCAGAGAGCACACGAUUGAAAAGAUCGCAACCCUGGCAGAGCAACUGAAAACGCAGGCUCCAGACGUCCAUCCAACACUGAAUGGAUCUACCAUGAAUCAGUCAGCUUCUCGCGCUAUCAAGCUGGGUCUCCCGGUCCCUGAGACCGACAUCGAAACUGUCAUACCGGCAACUGGUGGUCAAUGUUACAUGCUCGAUAUGUGGGAAGCAAGUAAAGGUCGCUUGUUCUAUCCAAAGUUCUGGCUCAAGGUCUCGAAUAGCUCACCAGGAGACUUGGCACGAGCGUUCCGGGGGCUUGUCCGUGGUGUGCCGGCACUCAGGACUCUUUUCGUCCACGAGAAGAGCAAUGAAAUGGCCCAGACAUGGCAGGUAGUCCUCAAGAACGAGGCUGUGGACAAGCAUGACUUGCCGUGGACUUUCCAUAUCAAAGACCAAGGAAGCGAGCUCCUGAUCACACUUCACAUCCAUCACGCCUUGUACGAUGCUGUGAGCCUCCAGCUGCUUGUAACAGAACUGGAGAGACUUUGUGUCGACACCGAUUCGGAAAUGCGACACAACACGGACAUGAGCAUCUUCAUUUCCAACAUCCAGUCAUCUGCAGCGGUAGCGCAAGAAUUCUGGACAAAUUAUCUUGGUCCACAGGCAGAUUUGACGCCACCCAUUGCUCAAGGCUCUUUUGGAGCAAACCGAGUUGAGAUAUUCGAUCCUCGACUUCUGCCUGUCGACGGUUUGACCAGGCACUUGAAACACCACGGCCUCAGCAUUCAGGCGCUCUUCUUUGCCGCCUAUGCCAGAUCAUAUGCAAGCAUACGUCGUGCGUCCCACAAUGGAGAAGGGAACAAUCCUACAGCAGGUGACGUGGUCCUCGGAAUCUACCUUGCCAACCGAUCUCUCGAUAUUGACGGAGUCACGAAUUUGAUUGCUCCGACAUUCAAUAUCGUCCCGUUGAAAGUUCAGCUCGGCGGAAAGAGUCUGUUGGAUUCGGCACUGCAAGUCCAACAUGACAUAGCUGAGAUCACCAAGACCGAGAACUGCGGAGUCAGCAUGAGGGAUAUCUAUGCCUGGACAGGUGUCAAGAUUGACACAUUCGUCAACUUCUUGACCCUCCCAUCCGACCAGGAAGACGAUGGCGCCCGAGCUGGACCCGACAGGCAGGUGAAGAUAGCGCACGCCAAACUCGACCCGGAGCAAAAAACGGAGCUUGAAAAUGCGACGAACGCACGGUCGCCCUUUGUGAAAGGUACAGACCAAUACUCAGAGGCGAGAAAGUGGUGCUUGGUAAGUGCAAAAACGAUUACGCGUUUUGAAUUCCCUUGA